UGCAGACAAUGUCAUGAAUGUUAGUAGGUACGCAAGUUUGUUUACAGUAUAACAGCUGAUUCUUACACAAAAUACGCAUUAGUCUUUGUGGAACGAUAAGAACGCACAUCGUCUUAGGAAUUCUGAUCAUUUACACGACUUAAUACAAAUUAAGGCGGUCCAAAUUAAGGUGUUUUAUUUACAACUGAAUACUAGAUCUGAAGACACCACCUACAUACAAAAUGCUGACACCGGAGAACAUGCCUUCAUCACCAGUCAAGAGAGAUCACUCGGGGAACUUUGUUAAUAUGAAUGGUUCUACUACUCAUGUGGACGGGGGAAGCAGCAAAAUGCAUGUGUAUAAACGACGGCCUUCUCACAGGAUAUUUGUGAACAGAGCCUUACAUUUGGAGAAGAUCUCUGUGUAUGGGUUUGAUAUGGAUUACACUUUGGCAGUGUACAAAUCACCAGAAUAUGAAGCCAUGGGAUUUGACAUGUUGAAACAGAGGCUGGUAACUAUCGGCUACCCUGAAGCCAUUAAUGAGUUUGAAUAUGAUCCUACAUUUGCAUGCAGAGGAUUGUGGUUUGAUAAACAGUAUGGAAAUUUGUUAAAAGUUGAUGCCUAUGGUAAUAUUUUGGUCUGCGUUCAUGGAUUCAAGUUUCUAAAAGGCCAUGAAGUAUCCAAACUUUACCCCAACAAGUACAUACAGCUGGAUGAAAACAGAAUCUAUGUAUUAAAUACUCUCUUCAAUCUUCCAGAGACUUACAUGAUCGCAUGUAUCAUCGACUAUUUCAACUCGUCCAAAGAUUACAUAAGUAAUGUCAACGGGGUGAAGUGUAACGACCUGUUUAUGUCAUACCGAUCAAUAUUUCAAGAUAUGCGAGCUUGUGUUGACUGGAUCCAUGAACAUGGCCCCUUGAAAGAAGACACAGUAAAGAAUAUGGAAAAGUUUGUACAUAAAGACAAACGGCUGCCACUUCUCCUCAACAGGAUGAGAGAACACGGUGCUAAGACAAUGAUCAUCACCAACAGUGAUUACACCUACAGCAAUAAAAUAAUGGAGUACCUUUUAGAUUUCCCAGAUCUGCCUGGCCCUAAGCGAGACUGGACAUCCUAUUUUGACAUAGUGGUAGUGAGUGCUAAGAAACCACUGUUUUUCAAGGAAGGAACUAUCAUGAGGAAAGUGGAUCGGGACACUGGUAAACUUAGCCUGGGCCACCACCUCGGACCAAUGAAGCAGGGCUGUGUCUAUUCUGGUGGUUCCUGUGACCUCAUCUCUCAGAUGUUAGGGGUGAACGGUAAAAAUGUCCUGUACGUGGGAGACCAUAUCUUCGGCGACAUUCUUCGGUCUAAGAAGGAGUGGGGCUGGAGGACUUUCCUCGUUGUUCCAGAGCUUCAACAGGAAGUGAGAGUCUGGACAGAAAAAAGGGAACUGUUCCAUCGUCUUGAAAGCUUGGAGUGUGAAAUGGGUGAGAAAUACAGAAAUUUAGACAGCAGUCACAUGGAGAAGCCAGACAUCCAUGGCAUUCAGAGGUCAAUGAUGGAAACUGUCCAUGAGCUGGACCAAUCCUAUGGAAUGCUGGGAAGUCUGUUCAGGAGUGGAUCGAGACCGACGUUCUUUGCUGCCCAGGUCCAGAGAUAUGCAGACAUCUACUGUGGUGACUGGUUAAACAUGCUCCACUACCCGUUCACAUACAUGUUCCGCGCUCCUUCCAUGCUGAUGCCCCACGAAUCCACUGUUGGUCACGAGCUGUCAUUUGAGGUAGAUAACGAGGAAAUCAAUAACCACAGACUGAACAGUGUGUCAUCAGAUAAACUCAGCAACGGCAUGCAUCUCCGCGCUGACAGACCAAAGAAGGUUACACAUCACCACGAUGACGAUGACUUUGAGGACGAGACCAGCAGUACAGGAAGUGAUUGAAGGUCAUGACCUUUUGACCUUGUAUUGAUACAUAUAUACAUUGUAUAUAUAUAUACAUUGAGGACAUCUACAACGAUACUUAUUUGUGGUACAACAGGUGUAGAUCACUUGUAACUGAUAUCAAUGAGUUCUCAUUGAAACUGAAGUGAUUUUUUUUUUUACUUUUACCUUCAUUUAAGUUAAUAUGAACAAAGUACCGUCUGUGACAAUGAUUUGAUAAAUAUUUGUAUAUAGGAAAAUUCUGCUGAACAAAAGUGAUAUUUUGUGUUUGUUUGAUGACACUCCUCUUAAUCCCACAAAGUCGAUUAAUAUACUGCCAGACUUAUGACCCCCUCAGUCUCUUUAACUCACCAUCUACACCAAAUUCCCAACACUUUAACAAACCCCCAGAUUUACAUACAGUCCCCUUCCUCUAUAUCAUAUCACAAUCCCCUUCCUCUAUAUCAUCUCCAAGAACACUCCCAUCCCGUUAAAUUGACCCCAAGAAUUACCCCUUCCUCCAUAUUGUACCCCCAAACACUCCCAUCCCCUUCAAUCAACGUACAGAAUUACCCCUUCCUCCAUAUUGUACCCCAAACACUCCCAUCCUGUUUAAUCGACGUACAGAAUUACCCCUUCCUCCAUAUUGUACCCCCAAACACUCCCAUCCUGUUUAAUCGACGUACAGAAUUACCCCUUCCUCCAUAUUGUACCCCCAAACACUCCCAUCCCCUUCAUUCGACGUACAGAAUUACCCCUUCCUCCAUAUUGUACCCCCAAACACUCCCAUCCCGUUUAAUUGACCCCCAGAAUUACCCCUUCCUCCAUAUUGUACCCCCAAACACUCCCAUUCCAUUUAAUUGACCCCCAGAAUUACCCCUUCCUCCAUAUUGUAUCCCCAAACACUCCCAUCUCGUUUAAUUGACCCCCAGAAUUACCCCUUCCUCCAUAUUGUACCCCCAAACACUCCCACUCUCUUAAGUGCUACAUCUGCAAUAUGUAUUAUAUGAGAACAUAAUGAUACACAAGAUUGAGUUUUUGUAUGAAGGAAAGGAUAUAAGAUUGAGUUUUUGUAUGAAGGAAAGGAUAUAAGAUUGAGUUUUUGUAUGAAGGAAAGGAUAUUUGUUAUUGUACAUCAUUGGUAUGUAUUAUUUAUCAACCUGCCUUCAGAGGAAAGCAUUGUUGUAAUAUUUUUUGUUGUUUUUGUUUUGAAAAUAUUAUUGCCAGAGUUCAGAGUUGGCAUUUUGGGUAUGUUUCCUGAUUCUGUUAUAAAAAAAACAUCUGCAAAUGUGCUUUAAUUAACACAUGAUUUACAUGUUUUAUUCAUUAUUCAUAAAUUGUCAUGAACAGUUUGAUUUGAGAAUUUGUUAGUACUAUAAUUUGUGUAUAUUUCAUCAGAAGGUAAUUUCCUUUACUUUUUUUCAUACCAGAAGAACAUUGUGUUAUGUUUACAUGAGCACUAAACAUAUAAUGAUCUCGCAUUAAAUCUACACGUUGUUUGCUUGUUUUAACCAGUUCUACAUACAUAUAUAGAAAUUAACUGCUACUGUAAAACUCCUGGUGGUAUUAUUUAUAUGUGCAAUGGUUUGUGGAAUUAAUGAAAAUUCUAUUUACUGAGAUACAAAUCAAAACGUAAUUCCAUUUAUUUUGUCUUCCAACACCGGUCCUUACCUGAGGUAGGAACUACACAAAUAUCAAUGUCUAUAGGUCUAGUAUCAAUAUGUUAAAAGUAUUGCCAUAAUUUUGCCUUACAUGUCGGUGGUUGUUUUUGACCUCAAGUCACAAAUGUCAGUGUGUUUUACGUGUUUGUUAAUGUGUCACCAGGAAUAUCCACAGGGAUUUGGUGUGUCACCAGGAAUAUCCACAGGGAUUUGGUGUGUCACCAGGUAUAUCCACAGGGAUUUGGUGUGUCACCAGGUAUAUCAACAGGGAUUUGGUGUCAACAGGUAUAUCCACUGGGAUUUGGUGUGUCACCAGGUAUAUCCACAGGGAUUUGGUGUGUCACCAGGUAUAUCCACAGGGAUUUGGUGUGUCACCAGGUAUAUCCACAGGGAUUUGGUGUGUCAACAGGUAUAUCCACAGGGAUUUGGUGUGUCACCAGGUAUAUCCACAGGGAUUUGGUGUGUCACCAGGAAUAUCCACAGGGAUUUGGUGUGUCACCAGGAAUAUCCUCAGGGAUUUGGUGUGUCACCAGGAAUAUCCACAGGGAUUUGGUGUGUCACCAGGAAUAUCCUCAGGGAUUUGGUGUGUCACCAGGUAUAUCCACAGGGAUUUGGUGUGUCACCAGGUAUAUCCACAGGGAAUUGGGCACGAAUGCCAAUAUAUAUGGACCAUGGGUUGAGAAAUGGUACCAAGUCCCUGUGUGUUUACCUGUAUUAUUAUCCCAAUAAUUUUAAAUAGGCAUGUUGAUUUGGUAUUGGUAGAUUUGAGGUGGGGUAUGGUACUUCACAGAACUAAUGAUAAUUAACAUACAGUAUCCCAGCUUAUAUAAGUUCCAUGCUGGUAAUUAUAUUUUAUGUAUUUAUAAACUUAUUGUACAUGUUGUCCUAGUCCUCAUGGUUGUUUAUGUUGUAAAGAAACCAGAACCUAUUCUUACAAGUUUUGAUUUAAUUUUUUAUUCUACGUAGGUUAUCUUUGCUUCUCAGUAAUUUUAUUUUUGUUUACCAGCUACAACGAGGAUAUAUCUGAGAGAUUUUUUAGCCAAUUUCAGAAAUCUCAAGUUAUCUGGAGGUAGAAUUGUCUCAGAAAUCUCAACAUUGUUGUAGGAAAAUAUGUGUUGCAUUAUAAUUCUGAUUGUAAUCUUUGUUGUACUUGUUUUGUUAGAUAGAAAAAUAUAAUUUAUACUGAAAACAAAGUAAAUCUCCUAUAACCAUACCCUGUUCAGUGAAAAUACUAUAAAUAAUAACAUAAAGUAAAUCUAUAUAACCAUACGCCAUACUGUAAAAAUACUUGUAUAACAAUUUAAAUCUAUAAGAUAGACAUUGUAACCACAGUUCAGUGCUAUUACUUUUAUGAUUAUCUGGCAUGGUACAUCUUUUUUUUUUUCUUUUUUUUCACACCGGUGACUGCCUGGGUGCUUUUUAGUGCAAUAUUUUCUAAUUAAAAUCAAAAAUAUGUGAUUGAGAAUGUCUCUUUUGUUUUUGAGGAAAAGUCAAACAGUAUUUAUUUUAUUGCAUUUUUACAAUCCAACUGGUAUGUGGACAAUAUUUAAUUCUUUUGAUACUGGUUCUGUACGAAAUGAAAUUUCUACAGAUUCAUAGAGAACAAUACUUCACUAUAAGUUAAUCAAUAUAUAAUAUAAUUAUUUCAUUUUGAUGGGUUCAUCUGUACCCGAAUUAAAUCAGGGCAUAGUCAAACAAAUUCUGAAGAAACUCACAUCUUUUGAUGAAACAACUCUCCCCUAGAUCUGCCAUCCCGUGACCUUUUGGCUAAUUUGAAAUCUUGUAAAGAAUCCCAAAGAAGAAAGUUGCUCAUUCAAUUUAUGUUAAUAUCAGGAAUAUUUAUGUUUGUUUACAUUAAAAAGUGUUUACAUUAAAAAGUGCUUCAAGAAACCUUCUGUUUCAUGUUUUACCAGUUUCUAAAUACAUGUACAUGUAUUCCAUUUGUAUAUUAGUGUAUUCAGUUGGAGUUAUAGAUUCACAAAUUUGAGGUGACAAUAGGAUAUCACCAAUAAACCAUGAUGUUUACUUGUUACAAAGUAAUUUUUAUGUAUGGAAUUGAACUUUUCUCAGCUGUAUAUAUGUAUUUUUUUCAUUUGUUGCUUUCUUACAUGAUAUUUUUUUAAGUGGCUAGUGAUUAUGGGACCAAAAUGUUGAGAGAGAUUUAUUUAAACGUUAAUUUUAAAAUGAAAUGAUCCCUGUAGGUUUAUUUUGGCGUUUAGCAAGUUUUUCUUUGUUAGCUGGCUGAAGUUUGUUUGUUGGGGUACCCACAGUUUAUAUGUUAAAACUUGUGGAUAGAAAUCCAGUGUACAUUUCUUAAAAAGAAAAAAAAAGAUUAUUCCAAAAACUUGUCAUAUAGGAAGUGAGUUAGAAGUUGGAUUGUUUUUCUCUCCUACAUACUUACAAUUAAUUUUGUAGGUCGAAGGUGAAAAUUAAGUUAUAAUACAUUGCAGCAAUUAUUUCACAGUCAUACUUUUUCACAGGUAAGUAUACUCCGUUCAUAUUUAAUGACAUCAAUAUUACUGGUGCUAAUGAACUGCCAAUUUAAAUUUUCAUGGCAAUUGUCAGAUCCAAAUAUCUUAUAUAAAAAAUGUAGUACCCUAGAAUUCAUUUAUGUCCAAGUUGUGUUACCAUUUCAUAUAUAUUUGCUUUACAUCUUAAAAAAACUUCAUUUUAUUUUAUGUGAUAUUUUAAUCAUUAACAAUGUGCUUUUUUAUCUAAUGAUACCCAUUUUACUGCAUGCCUUAUUUAGCCAAUGCCUUAUUUUACCUUUAUGUUUGGAGUGAAGUUACAUUGUAACAAUAGCUGUCGUUAGCUGAUAUGUGUUUUAAUGGUGAUUUCUCAUUGUUAAUGUUAUUCCUUGUUUGUAUAUAGAUUUUCACCUCAAGUUCACAUUAUGACAUACAAAUAAUGCAACAUUUGCAAGUUUUUCUUGUUUUAUAAACCAACAUUUAAAAAAAUCCAACAACCCAUUCAUAACAGUUAAGUUGAAAACUGAAUGUUCAAAUGAGGAUUCAUUAUAAUUUUUCAUGUACAUAUGUACUAGUAAAUGUACAGGAAGCCAACUUUUGUUUUACCCCUGUGGUUCAUUACUGUAACCAGUGACCAUUGUAAAUGUCUACUAAAAUGUCAAAUCAACCAUUUUGUUUGGUCUACAAUGUUACCUUUUAUUUUUGACGUUGUCUAAUUUUGAGCUAUAUUAUGUACAACAUUAUGAUGAGAUAUGCAAUAUUUCGGAUCGGUGAAGACCACAGAGUGCUUUACCUGAUAUAGUACUACCUCCAGGGGUGGUCAUCCUGUUAGUCUGGGCCAGUGGCUAUGUGUAUAUAGGAAAUAAACACUACACACAAUUA